UUUCCAGUCGCCAAUCUCGAAUCCCGCCGCCGGCGAUGGAAGAGAGCCCUCGCCCUGCACUGCGGCGGCCGGCCGGUGUCGACCACAUGUUCACGGACGGGGCUUGGGCCAGGAUGAGCGAGGACACACAGCGUCGGAUCAUCGCGAUCUGGGAGCGGCAGGAAGAACCGCCCACCCGAAAGAACCGCCGCAUCCGCAAUGAUCCCAUCGUCGGCCCCGUCAGUAUGAAGUACCCCUCUGAUCCCAGCAGUUCCAAAUUAUCGUUAUCCAGGGACAUACUAAAAUCGAAGGGUUAUGUAUGGAUCGAAGACCAUAGCAUGGACGAACCCUCAACAGAUCUACUGUGUCCGAAGAGAUACACUUCCUGUGAAUCCAAGAACAACAGAUGCUUACAUACCCCUCUCCCCAUGCUUCAGUUCUUAGAUGUUGUGGUCAAAUUCUUUACAGAAAAUUACCGGUGCUUUGAGUUUAUGCGCGACAAUGGGAUACACAAAAAGAUGGAUGUUUAUGGCAUGAUUGCUACAAGGGAUACUUUGGACUUUUCGCGCAACUACAUUUUUCAUUGUUCUAGAGAGAAUGCUCAACCUAUUGACACGGAAGGAGGCUAUUUACGUCUGAGGAGCCCAGCAAGAGGAAUACUUGCAACAGCCUGCUUGAUUGAAAUGGAUCUAUGGGCCAAGGCCAAGACGGGAGGCAAAGACUUGAAGAUCAUUGCUGGUGGUCUGCAAGCCCUUUCGAAGUUUGACCCGUGGAAACUGAACUAUGUUCUUGGGUUAAAUGGCAGAAUCAUAUUUGAAUCAUGUGUUGUUCCUAAAGGCGUGGAGGCGACCAUUGAGCUGGAUUUCAUUGAAGUGCCGGCAGGCGGCUUCCAUGUGAGACGUAUGUGUGGCAGAACCGUCCUCUCGCAACUUACCUACUUCUUCAUCGACAACGAACGUCGCCGUGAUGCCGUCGGUUUAAUAUCUACGACGGGGAAGCAUGGUCAGAGAUUUGUGGCGGCUGUGGAUCUAGGGGAUACACUGCGUAUAGACUUCAUGGAGAAGAGGCGAGGAGACGACACACUCUUGUUCGCGGCGUCCAAGCACGGAGAUGAGCAGCAACUGUACCGGUUUAACAAUGGUGCGCUGGUUUCUGUGCAAGUCGUCUGGUCAACCAUAUUAUAUGAUGAGGACUGGGAAAAUGAAUAGAUUUCUUUACAAGUAAGCACGGUUGUCCGUUUCAGAGUAACUCGUCUGAGUUAUCUUCUUGUUUGAAGACGAGAGAGGAUGGUUUCGAUUUUUUUUUUUGCUAU